AUGGACGACAGUGGUAACUUACUGGACAAAAUGAGGGAGGGGGAAAGUACUGGUCAGGAGGAGAACCCUGAAGUGGCCUCCUUGACAGUGAAUCCUCCUACCAUAAGUGAACGGCUGACGCCCAUGAGAGCAAAUACAAUGAAGGAGUGUGAACAAUUGAUAGAAGAGCUUAGAAAAGAAAAUUUUAGCCUCAAAUUGAGAAUCUAUUUCCUUGAAGAUAGGUGUAGACAAAAAUUUGGAGGUGGUGAUAUUUUUAAUAUGAACAUUGAAUUAAAUGUCCAAGUAGAAAGCUUAAGAAAUGAUGUUUGUGAAAAACAAGAAUUACUCAAAAAAGCAUACCUUGCUCUUGACAGCUUGUCAAAAUCUCAUCAAGAAGAUUUAAAGAGAUCCAUGGAGAAGAAAGAAACAGAAUGGACCAAAGACAAAGAAAACAUUCUCAGGCAACUUCAAGACACAGAAAAAAAUUUAGCAGAAACAAAGCAAAAGCUGGAAGAUGCAGAUACAGUGGUGGCACGUCUGCAAGCAGAACUUCAUGAUCAAGCAGAGCAACUAAGGCAGGCAGUUGCUGAACAACAAAAGAAUUUAGAUGAAGGAGUUCACAAAGAUUCAGAACUUGAAGAUCUCAAAAAAAUGAUCGAUCAGUUGGGAAGUGAGCUCGAGUCUAAACAACGCUUAGAAGAAAAUUAUGUUGAAAAAAUUGGCAAGCUGGAGAAAUCUCUGGGAAGAAAAGAAAAAGACAUUGAGGGCAUCAUGGAUGAUCAACAAGAAAGCAUAAAUAAAAUGAAAUCUGAAAUUGAACAACUCAACACAUCUGUUACAGAGAAAGAUGAUACACUCUUGGCUUUAGAAGAAAGACUUAAGAAAGUUCAAAGUGAGUUAGAGACUGAGAAAACGAAUAGUCUAAAAAAGAACAAGCUAAUCAAAGGCCUUACGCAGAACCUCCAUGACAAGAUGAAUGAGGUACAAGAACUUCAGAAGCAAAUUCUAAAAGACAAAGAUGAUCUCAACAAGACACGGCAGGAACUUUAUGAAGUUAGUUUACAGAAACACAAGGAUAUAGAAAAACAGCACGGUGCCAUGUUAUCCAAAGAUGAACUUAUAGAAAAGUUGCAGAGACGUAUACGAGAAAAGGAGCAGAACAACCAGAACUUGGUGGACUCCAUAGAAAAGAAAGAGCAAGAGCUAAAUUCAUUCAGAGAUAUGCUUAAUAAAACAAGGGAUGCUUUAAAACAGAGUGAAGAUGCUGUACAGCAACUACAGGAUCAAUUGCAACGAGAGAAGAAGGAGGCAAAAGAGAACUUGGCUCAUCAAACAAAUCAGUAUCAGCUAAUGAUUCAGGAUCUGCAACACCAGUUGCAUGGUAAAGACCUGUUAAUUCAACAGUUGACAGACAAUCUGAAAGAGAAGGAUAAACAAUUACAUGAAUAUCUGCAAAUGAUGCGCAAUAACAAAGAAAAGGACAAAGAUGAAUUAAUACAAAGCCUUGAAGAAAAGUUAAAAAAUAAAGAAGAAUGUUUGAAAAAUACACUGUGUGAUCAAAUCCGUGUGCAAGAAGAUUUAAAUGCAGAAUGCCAACAACUUCGUUUGGCUCUACGAGAACGAGAGGGUAACCUGGAGAAAGCAAAUGAAAUGUUACUUUCUGCUCAGGAAACUAUUAAUAUGAUUGAGAAGCAGAGCAAGAUGAAAGAGAUGAAUGUCAACAAAUUGUCUACAGCUUUGAAAGCUGCUCAAAAUUUACACAAGGAGCAAUCUGAGAAUCAUUCCCGAAUUAUGGCUGAGAAAGAUGAUUUAAUUCAACAUUUGCAAAAUGUUAUUACAGUGAAGAAUAAAGCAUUGGAGGAGACAUUACGUCUACAUAUGUCUGACUCUGAAAACAAAGUUAUGGAACUUGAAAGGAAGCUCUUGGCCAAAGAUCAGCAGCUGCAAGACUUGAUGGAAGAAAAGAAAAAAUCAGCUCUUGGUAAUGAACGAUCAUCUCAUGAUUUAAUUGACAAGCUUAAGAUGAAAGAUUCAGAUAUAAAAAAUCUGAUUGAGAAACAAAAUCUGGAAAUGGCUGAUAAAAUCAGGGAUUUGCAGAAGUUGCGUUUGGACAUUAGCCGCAAAGAUUAUGAAAUACAGACUUUGGAAACAAAUUCUGCAAUUAUAGAAAAAAUGCAAGAUUCAGAAUUGAAAAAACUUCGAUCUGCACUUGAGGAUAAAGACAAAACAAUUAAGACUUUGGUAGACAGUUGUCAGCAGAAAGAAUCCCUUAUUCGCCAGCUUCAGGAAAGCAAUUCUCAGGAAGCUGCCAAACAACACACAAUGACCAUAGAGCUUCAGUGUGUUCAAGAUGAGCUGAGGAAGUAUCAUGAAAAUGAAGGUGACAUAUUUCAUUCUGAGAAUCACAUGGUAAUUAAAUUUAAGAAUUUAGAAGAGCAGCUCAAGAAAGCUAAAGAAGAACUUUUCACUGCAUGGAAAUUUGAGCGUGAAGCCAGGCAAGAUGCUGAAAAAAUGCAAGGCCGAAUGAUGGAACUGGAACGUGAGAACCAAGCAUUAUUGGAGUUAAGGAAAGAAUAUGUUCACAUGAGGGACCGUGCAUCUGAAGCCAGCUCUCCUUGUAGAAGUAGUGUUCGAGAGUCUGACCAAAAGAUGUGGGAACUGAUGCAGCAACAGUUGGAAGAAAUGAAAGCUUUAAGAGAUGCUUUGUCAACAGAACAAAACAUUUGGGCUUCUUUAUGCAAGACAGUUUAUGGAGAACUGGGUCAUCCUGUAAAAUCCCUGGAGGCAGAGCUGUUGGCCAUGGAAGGCUUGCGCCAACAGUUGGAACAAGGCAUUGACCAGAACAACAAACUGCGUUCAAACAUGUUCAAACAACUAAAGGCUGAACUUGAUUCUCUCAACAGAUCCAGCCAAUCUCUUGACCAAUCAGGUGUUGGUAUUUCUAUGCUGCCUCAGUCUACUGGUCAUGGUACUAGUCCAAUUGAAACUAUGGGCAGUGGAAGCAAUGAAAUAGCCAAUCUUCAUUCCAAGAGCUUUAAAGCUGAAUCUCAUUCUAAACCAAGUUUGAAUUCCAAAGUCAAUUUAGACUUACAUGGACAACGUUUUGGUGAAGUUGUUGAACGUUCAACAGCUUGCAGCACCCCAACAACAAGUCACAGCCUUCAGUUGUUCCUCCAAGAUGAGCAGUCAUGCAUGCAAGCAGUUUCUGUUGCUACUUCAUCCUCCCAACAGCAGCAGCAGCAGCAUAGGAACUCUGCUGCUGUUGAAGUCACUUCUUUAGUUUGCAAAGAUCCCUCGUUCCAAAUGCAUUCGGACCUACAACAGCUGCUCGAGAGUAAAACCAAAGAGAACUUAUUGUUGCGCUCCAAACUGGGAUUGUUGGACCACAUUGGGGAGAUUGAUCCCAAAUUUGUCCCUGAUGUCAACCAGCUGAAGAAAGAAGUAGGAGAGUUAAAGACUGAACUCAAUAAGGCAAGCAACACCAUCUCAAUCUUAAAGCAGCAAAUUGCAAUGAACAUGCAGAAUGAAGUAACUGAAACUCAGUGCAAGCCAGAAUUGAUUGUGCACAUGGCCAAGGAGAUCAGGAGACUGCGCGAAGAGAGAAAAUCCUGUCAGUGUGUUAGUUCUGUUGGAAAUGGAGAACCAGUACAAAAUAUCCCCGACAAAGAGAACUUUGGUUAUCAUCACAGGCGCACCAAGAGCCGGAAAGAACAGAGUCUCAGUUUGUCGAAGAAUCAAACCGUCCAAAGUAUUGAUGACACUACAGAUUCUGAUCAGCGUGUCAGAUACUUGAGUGAUAAGAUCAAGAGUUUGGACAUGCUCGUUAGUCAGCAGUCACAGGAGAUUGACUGGUAUAAAACUGCACUGGAAAAUUCAGGGUUGUCAUUUAAGAAAUCACCAUUCUCCAAAAAUUGUGCUUCCCAUAUCUAUGGUGGACAGAAGUUUACGUUUGACUCUGAGCCAGAACCAGACUUUCAGUGCCAGAAAUCAUCAUGCACUGAGAAUGUCCAUCGGCUAAAGAGCCAAGUUGCUGAAUUAAAGGACCAGUUGCAGCGGGACUUGGAGAUCAUCAACUCAUUGCAGUCUGAAUUAGCUGUGCAUAAAAGUGAACAGCAACAGCAGCGUCUGUCCAGUGUUUUGAGUAAAGAUCAUAAUUCUGGCCGCUUGGCUGAUUUCUCUGCUGGCCUCUCACCAAUGUUCAAAUCACAGUUUUCUUCGUCCAAGGUUACACCCAAAUCAAAAUCGCCACAUAACUUAUCAAAUACUUUUGGUAGCCUGUCUUCAAAGUUUUACCUAAAGGGAAAUCUUUUAGAAAACAGUGGCCUCAACGGCAACAUAUCUGAAGUAGUCAUGUUACUUAAACAUUUAACGACAAGCUUUAAUGUGUGCAAGCAGUUAUCUACCUAUGUGGUGGAGAUUGAAAGUUCAGUGGAAAACUGUGUCAAAGACCUUCGUGAAAAACUGCUGCUUAAAAAGAAAAUUAAUAAUUUGCAUGCUGCUGUCCAGCAUCUACAGUCAUUAUUACAAGGACCGUAUGGUAAUGAAAAACAAAUAAAUACCAACAACAAUAAUUCUCUGACAGAUCCAACUCCCUCUUCUGAGUGGAUCGAUCAACUUUUUAUGGAGCUGCAACCAAGUGGAGACAUCAGCCAGCACAGUGUAACGAAUAUGGACCAAAAGACUUUGGACACACUGAGUGAAGAUGCCCUUCAGUCUAUGCGGAAAAUGACGGCUGCUGCAACAGAAGUUUCACUUCACUGUCCUGAUGGUUCUCGCCCGGACAAGUGUGCAUCUAAACUGGUGAUCAGCGGAUCUGUUAGUACGACACCGACAAAUAGAGACCGGCGGAAACAAUCAGCAAGUCAGUCAUCCUUUAGCCCCCGUUCUCCCCUCAGAGGUUUACAUAAUCAACAAUCUGCAAACACAUUAGAAAUACCACGAGGCACAGAGUCUUGUUCAGAAGCGAGCAUUCCAAAUAAUUUCAGUCUUCCCGAAGUGAUUGAACUCGAUAUUACUGGCCGACUGUCACUUAGUGAACUUUAUCUUAAUCAGCAGCAGCCUAAGGAAUCUCAAGACAUUCCUCGGUCCCCUGCCAAUAUUGCCAAGGGAAAUGACCAACAUCCAAUGGACAGCUAUUUGUCUCAUUCUCUUGACCAGCAACUUAGCAAUUCUGUGCUGGAUCCAACCAGGCAAAAUAUCAGUUUGUCUAAACAGCACCAAUCAUGGUUGACCAACACAGAGUCUGCAAAUCAUUCAAAAAGUCUUCCAUCUUCUCCAUCAAAUACAAUUUCUUCUAAGGAUGCUAUCCGUUCCCACCUGCUUGUUUCGCAGGAUCUGAGCAACACUCUGCGCCAAGAAAUCAGCGUCUAUGACUUUUUGGAGACGUCAACUGCAAACUCUUUGAAUCUGUCUGCCAACCAGAGCCUGAACAACAGUCAGUUGGAGUCUUUUAAAAAGUAUCUUCUUGAAUUACGAGCACAACGAAUUAAGCUUGAAGGAACGGUGGAUAGAAAUGAACGUUUGCAGGAGAAGUUGAUUGAAAUACUUAAUCAUGAUAAAAUAAAAGGAUCUCCUUCCAGUAUAGCCAAAGACAUUGCACGUUUGGAAGAGCAAAAGCACCAGUUGACCUAUUUACAGAAGCUUCUUAGUGACCAACAAAAUCAGUUAGAUGAAAGACAGACUCAAGUGGAACAAAUGAAAGGAACCAUUGAUGAAAAAGAUGCCCAAAUAUGUGAAAAAGAUAAAUUAAUUUGUGAAAAUAAAGCACAAAUUAGUCAGCUGAAUAAUCAACUAGAAAUUGCACAGACACAGAUUAAAACUUUAGAACAGGAAAUCCUUGAUCUCAAAGAACAGUUGUCUGAGAAUAAAGAUCUUAAUUCCACCUUGAAACUUGAGCUGAGCAUGUAUGAACAAUUGGAUAUUAAAUCCAAAGCUCAGCCAAAGUCUAAAAAGUUUGACAUCCGGGAAUUCCUCAUAGAGUUAAAGAACUUACGCAAAUCUAUGGAGCGGUGCAUUAGCACCAAUAACAUUUUACGUCGGAAACUUGAAGAAAUCCUGCUGCCUCACAGUGUUUCCUUCCAGGGUGACAGUAGUAGUAAUAACGCUAGCAGGUCCCAACACAAUCUAUCCAACACAAGUCACACGAAUAACAGCACCACCAUUGGUGAGAGUAAUAAGCCAAGGAGCAACCUGUUAUCUCAUGCUGAGACGAGUGCCUUGACCAAAGAACUAGAAAGAUUGGAAGCAGAAGAUGAUGAUCAACAGGUUGACUCUGCACAUGGCAGUGGAGAUAGUGAGCUGGCAUCCAGUUAUGGGAACAACACAUCAGAACUACUGAAGCAAACUAUUGACAUUAUAGAAACGUCCUCCUCCUCUCUGAACCAACAACCAACCUCUCUCUCUCGUAAUCUGUUUGGCAGUCCGAAGGCUGGAAAUGAAGAUGAGAUGGCUGAUCUUCAUCCACUGCAAACAGAUAGUGAUGGAACAGCUGGAAAAAACAACAACAACAACAACAACUCCAAAGGCCCAUCAUCAUCUUCAGAGAACAGCAAUAAGAACAGCAUCAAAAGCACUUCCAUAAAUUCUGAGACUCAUGGUGAGAAUUCGGACAUGGCUUGGGCAUCAUCAGUAGAUUUCAUUAAUGGAGGAUUGCACAAUGAUAAGAUUGGUGGUCUGAACUCUGCAUCAACUUGGCCUGGCAGUUCAGUUCUGAGUAAAGACCACAUCACAUAUUGGUCAUUUGAUCCUCCUGGAAAUCCAGUCAAUUCACCUGUACGUAUCAGCUCUGAUCUGCGUUCCUUGUUUGCUAUUGGAAAACUAGAUGACUAUGAAUUAUUACGUAAAGAAAACAAUGAGAUGUCCUACGUAGUUCGAAACCUUCAAGCCCGCCUUCGGGAGCGUAUCAAAGUACAUAAAUCUCUCACACCAACUGAUAAUAAAGAGUACAGCACCUUACGUGAUCUCUCUUUGCUGGUGGAAAACUUGAAUGUUUGUCUCGGUGAGGAAAGUCGACUCAUCAGCAAUUUUUGGCUUUCUCAGCUUCCACUUCGUAAUAGGAAAGGUCAGUUGUAUGAUUCUUUGAAGUUUAGGAAGAAUGGGGAAGUGAUUGCUGAACUUGAUGAAAUCCAACGCAAGUGUGACAUUGCAAAUGAAAAAGUAAAAAUAGUUGAGGACCAACUGAACACCACUAAUUUGGUCAAAGAAAACAACAACAACAACAAUGAUGAUGCUGUUGUUGUACGUCAACUAAAACGAGCGGAGAAAGCUUUUCAACUGACACUUGGCACCUUUGAGCCAAGUGAAUUGAAUGGUUUCAAUCAGGACCCAGUUGAGCCUCCUGUUAGGAAUGAACCACUAGCAGAAAGCCUGACCCUACCAAUGAUGACACCACCAAAAACAAGGUUGUCUACAGUGAAAGAUGAAGUGUAA